AUGCUCAUUCGCUCCCAUCGACUUCACUAUUCGAAAGUUAUCUCGGCCAAUACUACUGCAGUUGGUUUGGUAAAACCUUCAUGGUGUUCCUUCUUUCACAAGUUCUUGUCAGGAUCUCAGCCUACGUCAUUGAUCCCACCUUUCUUGUCGACAACAACAGUCAAUACAGCUUCAGUCAGCAGCAUGGAAACAAGAAGGUCGGCUCGCCUCGGUGCCAUCUCCGAGUCUGCCAAAAUCACCGAGCCAGCACCUGCUCCUGCUCCAACCAAAUUCCGCAAGAGAAAAGCCGUCGAAGAGGACGACAAUGAGCAAGACACCACCCCAUCAACCCCCCGUCGACCUCGUGCUGCCCCCAAGCCCGACCGCUACCAAGCACCACCAGCAACACCAACCCCCAACGCAGUCUCCCUCAUAGCCGAACCGGUCAACACAAUCUCCAAGCCCAAACCCGCCGCGGUAAACCGCCUCGCAGACCCCAACCGCACCAACGCCCUCCUCCUAUCCCCUCAAACAUCCCGGCUCAUCUCCUCCACCACCGGCCCCUCAGUCCAACCCCCUACUUCUCCCUCCGCCAUCCCGCUAGAAGGCAUCAAAACCACCCCCUCCACCACAACCACCACCAACCUUCUAGAAGAAGCCUGCGCCCACCUCAUCAAAGUCGAUCCCAGAAUGAAGCCCCUGAUCGAGAAACACCACUGCCACAUCUUUUCCCCUGAGGGCCUAUCCGAGAAAAUCGACCCGUUUGAGUCUUUGGCGUCAGGUAUCAUCUCCCAGCAAGUCUCUGGGGCGGCGGCAAAGGCCAUCAAGAACAGAUUUAUCUCUCUUUUCUACCCGGGCAAUGACACCACCACCACCACCCAUGAGAAAAAGAAGUUCCCCACCCCGGCGGACGUCAUAGGAAAGAGUAUCGAAACCCUUCGCACGGCGGGGCUGUCACAGAGGAAAGCGGAGUAUCUUCUUGGGCUGGCUCAGAAGUUUGUCUCUGGGGAGCUGACGGCGCAGAUGCUGGCUGAUGCGCCUUAUGAGGAGGUUCUGGAGAAGUUGAUUGCAGUGAGGGGGCUGGGGAGGUGGUCGGUGGAAAUGUUUGCUUGCUUUGGGUUGAAGAGGAUGGAUGUGUUUAGUACUGGGGAUUUGGGGGUGCAGAGGGGGAUGGCCGCCUUUGUGGGGAGGGAUGUGGGCAAGUUGAAGGCGAAGGGCGGGGGGAAUAAAUGGAAGUAUAUGAGCGAGAGGGAGAUGGAGGAGAUUGCGGAGGGGUUUAGGCCUUAUCGGAGUUUGUUUAUGUGGUAA